AUGACGACAACGAAUUUCCAUGCGAAGUCAACUGCACUUGAAGUAAUUAAAGGGCUGAAUGCAAACUUAGAAGGAAAACUUGUUGUAAUUACCGGUGGUACAUCAGGUAUUGGUGUUGAAACUGCUCGAGCACUAGCAACAGCCAAUGCACAUGUGAUUAUAACAGCACGCGAUAUGACUAAAGGUGCAGAAGUUGUUGCAGAUUUGAAAAAAUCAACAGGCAAUGAUAAAACCGAAGUCAUGGAACUAGAUUUGAAUUCGUUGCAAUCAGUCCGAAAUUUUGUUAAUCAAUUUCGAGCUCGUAAUUUACCUAUUAAUAUUCUUAUUUGUAAUGCGGGAAUUAUGGCGUGUCCAUACUCGAAAACAGUCGAUGGAUUUGAAACACAAUUUGGCGUUAAUCAUCUCGCUCAUUUUCUGCUGGCAACAAGUCUCGUACCUGAGUUGAAGGCUGGUAAGCCGUCACGUCUUGUCGUCGUGAGUUCAAUCGCCAAUAGACGCGGUGGAAUCAAUUGGGAUGAUAUCAAUUGGGAGAAGAGUUAUGAUAAAUGGGUUGCUUACGGUCAAAGCAAAACAGCAAACAUUCUCUUUGCUAAACAAUUCAAUAAACUAUAUUCAUCCGAAGGCGUUCAAGCGUACGCUCUACAUCCUGGUGGUAUUAUGACUAAUUUAGUGAAAUACGUACCUGUUGAAGAGCAAAAAGCAAUGGGUUGGUUUAAAGAAGAUGGUACUUUAGUUGAUAGAUUUAAAAACGUUGAACAAGGUGCCUCGACAAGUGUUUAUGCUGCUUUGGCACCUGAACUUGAUAAUCAUGGCGGUGAAUAUUUAGAAAACUGUGCUGUAAGUCGAGGAGUUAACACAGAUCCGACACAAUUUUGGGGCAUGGGACCGCAUGCAAUAGACAUGGAAGCAGCUGAACGCUUAUGGAAACUGAGCGAAGAAAUGGUUGCAUCAAAAUAA